UUCAGGUUCUGUCGCAGCACCGUGGACAAAGCCUCUGUCACAGCUCGGCCUCCUGAGGACACCAGAGACAGACCAUUAGAACCAGACCGGACCAACACACUACCUGGUCCUGUGGAUCUGAAGGAACCAACAAUCGUUCAGAGGAACCUGAAACGUCAUGUGAGGGGACACAGCGAUGCAGGCGAGGACAUGCGCUCCAGGCUGCAGCAGCUGCAGAGUCGUUUCACCUGGGAUCUGAAGAGGGAAGACUUGGAGCUGGACGACCUCAGCAGGCAGCUGCAGCACGAUAUCGACCUGGGGCUGGGACAGCGGGGGGCGGUGGCCCACGCCUACAGCUUCCUGGCUUAUGUGAGGUAUCUUCAGGAUCAACUGGAGGAGGCGGAGUCACUUCUCAAGCAAUCAGAGGAGAAGACCAGAGAGUGUUUUGGUGAGGAAAGCGAGCGACGGCUCAUCGUGACGUAUGGAGACCUGGCCUGGCUGAAGUACCACAGCGGAGACUACAAACAGUCACAAACCUACUGUCAGAGAGUCGACCACAUACUUGUGAAGUAUACCGCUGAUUCCUCCUCUGAUCUCCAUCCAGAGGUUUAUGGAGAAAAGGGCUGGACCUUCCUCAAGUUCUCCAAGUCCUACUAUCCCAAAGCCAUCGACUGUUUCCACAAAGCACUGGAGCUGUAGCCUGAUAGCUGCGAGUGGAACAACGGCUACGCUAUCGCCCUCUAUCGCACAGAACCGGAUAGUUCAGAAACAUAUCCCGAGGAGUCACCGGCCACCAAACAGCUCCGUCGAGCCCUGGAGAUCAACCCCGAUGAUGGCGUCCUGCUGUCCAUGCUGGCUCUGAAGCUGGUCAUCUACCAGAAGCACAGAGAGGCUGACGGUCUGAUAGAGAGAGCGCUGGAGCUCGGACCCGACGACACUCAAAUCAUCCGCUAUGCAGCCAAAUACCUUCGCAAGCAGAACCACCUGGAUCAGUCGAUUGAUCUGCUGCGGAGAGUGCUACGGAGGAGCAGCCAAUCGGCUUUCAUCCACCACCAGCUGGGUCUGUGCUACAUGAGGAAGAAGAGUCAACUGUUACCCCGAAGACCCCAGCCCGAGAGAGAGGUGCAGCGCUGGAGGCGUCUCAGCAUUUCCCACCUGGAGGAAGCCAUCAGGCUGAAGAGCUCCUUCAACCACGCCAAGGCUGCUCUGGCCCUGCAGUACGCCGAGGAGAAGGACCGAGCCAGAGCUCAGGAGAUGUUCAGUGAUGUGUUGGAGAAGUUGGAAGACGAACCUGAAAGCAUCCGUCAGUUUAUCUAUCGCUGCUACGCCGAAUUCUGCCACUACCACAGCAUCGAGAAAGAGCUCGCCAUCACCUACUACAGCAAGGGUCUGGAGCUCAGCACCAGGACGUCGGACAGGAAGCGCUGCAUUAAGAAACUGAAGCAGAUUGCAGAGCGACGUCUCGUCAAAGACCCCAAUAACACCAGGGCCUAUGGCAUUCUGGGAGAGGUAGCCAAGGCUGAGGGCGAGCGGAGGAAGGCAGUGGGGUAUUACGAGAAAGCUCUGGAAAGUGACGGGAACAACGCAGAGUAUCUGUCGGCUCUGUGUGAGCUGCGUCUGGAGCUGGACUGAUCCUGUACGAGGACGACUCUAUGAUCCAGUCCUGAAUGAACCAGGUCCCAGUGAAACACUGACUCUGGCUCCAGCUGGAACUUCAAUGUCCAGUGAAAGAAAACAAGACAAGAGAAGAACAACCAAGAGGACAAACACAGGGUUCCUGAGAGAGAGGAGAACACGACAGCCCAUCUCUGAGGUGGUCACUCUGUGUGUCCUCUCAGAACCAGAGCCAGUGUUCUGAUGGCUGAUCUGGUUCAUACUCUGUACCUAUAUGAUGCUGGUUUCUGGGUAACUGUGGCUGCUGGUGCAUGGUUUGAUGGUUAGAGACAGGAUCAGGGAGAGGAGACGGAUUUUACUGCUUCCACACUUUUCUCUUAUCUUUGCUACUUUUUGUGAAACGCUGCAGUUUUUCAGGCAAAUAAAGUCGAUUGAAACUAAUCUGAGAGUAAAACUUUAAAGG